GUCAUUCACACUGAAAACCUCAAGUCAGAGCAGCUAUUGUUCUUUAAAAAAAAAACUUCACAGACCAAACUCUUCUAUUUGGAACCCUUAAAAAUUGAUAAGAUGCAUUGUCUCAAUGAUCAAAAUCAAACCCCUCAUCAUCCCUACGAUUGCACAAAGCCAUUUUUUCUUCCUAUCUCUUUCUCCCAAAACCCCAUGUUCACACUUCUUUGCUGAUCAUUCUUUUCUUGUUUUUGAUUUAUGGAUUCACCAAAAAUAUACCCCAAUGGACUAAAAACUUCAGUGACUCUGAUUCUCAUAAUAUCUCUCACGUUCUUUCCUUCUAAUUCAGCAUGGUUACCUUCAAUGAAAGAAAGCAAGGAUCUGAUGCAAAAGAAAUUAGUAUUGGGAUCAAGGCCUCCUCGGUGUGUUAACAAAUGCUUGAGCUGCAGGCCUUGCAUGGCUGCUUUAGUUAUCUCCCCUCAUAACAGAGUUGGUCAUAUUCACAAGGCAACAGCUCAAAGAGACGAGGGCUAUUAUCUUCUCUCAUGGAAAUGCAAAUGCGGUAACAAGUUCUUUCAACCCUGAAAGUUGAUUGUGCCUCAGAUAUAGUGAGAUAACUAUAGUUUUUAAGCUUGAGCAAUUUUUUGUGUACCUGGUGUGUGGUAUGAAUCAAAAUCAACAACUGUUUCUAUUCCAAA